GCACAGCGCACAUCAGCGCCGCACCAGCACUGCGCACUGGAGCCCAGGCUGUCACACAGAGGAUCCGCACACCUCUAAAGGAUUUCAAAGACUGGAGAUUGAACCAAGAUCGCUUUCGCUUGCACGAUAAGGUCCUUGGUGCAGGUGAAGUGGAGGCAAGGACAAGAUCUGCAACCUUCCAUCUGUCCAUCAGCGAAACAAGUACCCUGGUGCCGGCCACCCCGAGGUCACCUUAACCACAACGGACGCCAAACAAUAAGAGUCUUGACCCAGCGUCCCUCAGACCGUUUGCACAAAGCAAAUAUUUGAAGCCAUUUUAUCUCAUUUCCCUGUGCAGCCGUCAUUGAAAAGAUCAACAGAAAAGGGUGUUGUUGGGGGACAGAGAGAGAGAGAGAGAGAAGAAAACGUGGGGGAAGAAAAAGUAACCCUUUCAAAGUGAACCCUGCCUGCUAUUUUUGCUGUGCUGUGGGCAGGGAGCGUCUCAUUUGGGAGUGCUCUUGGCUGACGGAAAAAGGAUUUCCCUGUGCCCUGCCCGCCUAUCCAAAUGCCUGUGUAAAUACUGGAUAGAGAUAUCAAUUUGUCUGGGCUCUAACGUUGCCCAACAAAGAGACGAAAAGCUAUCUAUAGAAAACUUCACAACAAACUUGGCCUCUGUGGUCUCUGGAAUUGCUACCUAUCUGUUACCACUCAAGGAAGAUUCAAGAGCUGUGAGAACAGGAAUGAGCGCUGCCAGAGUUUUCCAUAGCUAAAGACUUUUUCAAACACUCUCACUCAUUUUGAAAUUUUUACAGGAUCAGCGCUAGCUCCUGUGGGGACACUUUUCACGAUACAAGCUGUCAGCCAUUUGGGGGCUGCAGUUUUGAUGUCUUUUCCCAGUUGAGUGAAGCACCAUGAAGCCACUUACCCCGAUUGGAUCCCCUUCUCCUCUGAGGCUCCUCAACAAGGGCCCAGACUACCUGCGUAGGCAGAUAGACGGUGGGGGCCAUGGCCGCUCAGUCAGCGCUGUGGAGAGGCUGGAGGCAGACAAAGCCAAAUAUGUUAAGAGCCAGCAGGUCAUCAACUCCAAGCAGGAACCUGUACUGGUGCCUUGUGCCACUCCACCACCGCAGCCCCGACGACCUCUUGUCAUGCCCAGCACCGCAACCACUCGCCUCCCCCCACGCCGGUCGUCCAACACCCCGUUCUCCACACUCUCCGGUUCCUACACCUCGCGUGAUGAGAAUGAAAACGAUGACUCCAGGAAAGAAAACCGAAGGACUUCACUGGAUGUUCAGGCUAAUAAUAGGAGCAACAUCAACAAUGUAAUGCCUCCCAGCCCCAGGACCCCUGGAAUUGUCCCACUUGUUGCACCCCACAGUGCCCCUGUACUCAGGAGGAGCACAGGGAAACGCAUGCUGCGACCAGACUCCCUGGUCAUCUACCGGCAAAAGAAAGAGUGCAAGAGUCCCAGUGGUGCAGCAGUAGGAGAAAACAACAACAUGGAGAUCAAGGGCUACAGUUUUGUCCGCCGCCUCUUCCAGGGCUCCAUGAGAGAGAAGAGUGGCGGCGGUGAGGGGGGAACCCAGAAAAUGGUCAUCGGAGAAGAGAAAGCUCCAUCACGGGAUGGAGACUCCCGUAUGUCUUGGACCAAUGAGAAAGACACCACAGAUGGUGGACCAGGGAGCAGGAGGUCCAGUAAAACUGACCAUGAACGUAGUCCAGGGUCUAUGCCCAGCCCUGGAUUUAGCUGUAAACUUGAACAGACUAAGAAUGGAUUUACAAAUGGUAUCAGUGAAGGCACUGGCACCAAUGGCAACCUUUCACAUAAGCAUGAUGAUGACAAUGACCCCUGGAGGCGAGCAUCACCACCACCGCCACCCAGAAGGCAGUUCGGGGGGCUGUGGCGCUCCAAGUCCGACCUGCGUCUCCGCUGCUCGGUGGCGUUAUCAGAGCAGGAGCAUUUCUUUGACUUUUGUGGACUCGACACCGACAUGAUCGAGCGGCUGGGUCGGGAGAACUUCCUGUCUGGUGCCAGCUCUAUUGACACUCUAUCAUUGGCGCUCCGCAGCGUGAGCGGGGGAGGCUGCGGAGGCUCUGAACCCAGUGAGUUCUCCCGCCACUCAGGAGAAGGUUUAUUUCAGGAGGAGCUCACUGAGCAGCUCCCGUCUGGUGUGUCAAUCAUUGAGAGAAACGCCCGCGUCAUCAAGUGGCUUUACGGUUGUAAGAAUGCUGCCCGUGAAGGGCCCAAAGAGUCAACCGUUUAAUCCUUUGCUUUCUCCGAACCCAAAAGGACUGUUUCUUCAGUGGAGGCAGGACUGAAAGACUGGAUGUUAUACUGCUACUUGUGUCUCCUGUCAAAGUGAAAUGUUGUAUUUAUGGAUCCUAUGGAAAUAUCGUGUGGGUAUAGCUACACCUUGCUGCUGAGUGGUACCAUUUCCCCCAGCAAAAUAUUACAGUGUCAGUGCAUGUGCGUGUGUGGAGAGGAAAUUGCUUCCCUCUCCAUUUAGAGCUCCUAUCCAGUUAUUGACAGAGCUGGAUUCGGGACUGGUCUGAAAUCACCCCCCUACCCCCACAAGGCACAUAAAUAUAAAAGUGUAUGUUCGUCAUUGCACAGUGGACACCAAAUUUAGUGUCCUUGACAUGGAAUAUAACACAACACUCUCCCCAAAUGAAUAAUUUACAACGAAAAACCACUAAGCUUUUUUCUUCUAAACUGGAGAACUGUUGUGUGAGUGUGAAGUGAACCAUGAGUACCUCAUUUGGAACUGUCCCAGUUUAGUUUGUGUGUGUUUUUUUUUUUUUUUUUUUUUUUACUCUUUAAACGCAGGCGUUGGAACAAACAUGAGAGGCACCCCUGUGGGGUUGUUAAUGCACUGAACUGGACAGAAAGACAGAGGAAAUGAAAGAGAUGAAGAGAUACAGCUUUGAAUCUGUACAGAGACUCAUCUCUUAUAACCUAGAACACUGAGCUAUAUUGUAAAGAGUACCUGGAUAGAAGAGGACAAGGAGCCAUGUAUGGCCAGUACUUCUGAUCCUGUCAUUUCAAAUUCACACCCCUGAAGAGGGCUAAUUCUCUCACAGUACACACAAGUGACCACUUAUGACACAUUUAUAUAAAUCACCACAACAUGACGCCUAUUCAGUUUGCUCAUACUGUGUAAGCUAUAGUGAGGUAAAAAUGAUAGAUGGGGAAAGGCAGCCCACCAGUGGUCAAUCCCUUGAGAGCACAACUGGAUUAUUUUUCAGGCAAACAGCCACAUCAUUUUAAAUCUCCCAAAAUAGGUUUCAAAUUAAUGCCGCUGAAAAUUUUCUGGUUUAUGCGUAUGGGACCAUGCAUUUACAGAAACCUACUGCCUGAUAAUUUAGCAUAUCAUUUCUACUUGUGUAAACCUGGCAGUUCACACAAGUUGAACCUCCCCGGCGGGUUUCGUUAGCCUGUUUGCGGCUAAUGUGAUCAUCUGGGUCUCCUCCAUCAGAGCGAGGGGAGACGAGGGGGAGGUUGAAGCUGCCCUCCUCUCACUGAUAACCACAGAUCCUACCUCACUUCAUCAAUCCCUGUGUGAUUCUCCCUUUAUCUCCAUGAAAGGUCAUUUCCAUUGCUUUGCCUGGACGAUGCCACUGAAAUAUGAAUUGGGUGUCUGCCGUGGAAUGUGGAGGUUAGAGUAAGAGGUGUAUCAGGUUAAGUGUUAUUGAACCUAAGGGCAUGUGAUAUUUGUACAAGUGAUAAAGUAACACAAUUUCUUGCAGCCUUGGUAUGUUUUUUUCCCCCCAUAUGUAUCAUCAGCAUGGCACCUAAACUCCUCUGAACCUGUUCAACAUGGAUUUCUUUUUUCCCCCCUACCCCUGAAAAACCAUCUGGUUGCAUGUUUACAAUGUGGCUCUAUAAAUUCUGAAUCUCUAUAUUUUGUUUUCCAUAUAUGAGAUUUGGUUUUUAUUCCAAAGAGGUUUGUGUAUGAUG